AUGACCGCAUCCAUCAUCGCGACCGAGCAAGAUCUACCCCGAUAUGCCGACGACGCCUCAGAAGGCCCGCAACAGCUCAUCCACCGCACCGACAUCCAAGCAGUUAUUAUCGACCGGCAACACGUCCUAUCCGAGAAACACAUCGCCAUGGAUAUCGCUGAAGCAGCCGAUCUCACCCAGCGGUGCAAAUUCGAGAUUUUGCAGACGGGUAUCACCUGCGCUGUGCAUGAGAACUAG